AAGAACCUCUCAUUUAUUUUAGCAAGAACAAACACAAGAGAGGAAAACAAUUCCCCAUUUGGGCUUUUUAAUACACUACCCAAAAUAUCCAUUUAUAUAUAUAUAUAAAUAGUUUUUUGAGUUGUGUGUGUGUGUGUUAUAAGUUGCAAAGCCUGGUUUUGUUUUCCUGGUUGUGUUUCUUGGGUUCUGGUUGUUGGGUGUUUUUAGAGAAAUCAAGAAGAGUAGAGAUGGGGAGAGGUAGGGUUCAGUUGAAGAGGAUAGAGAACAAGAUCAACCGCCAGGUGACCUUCUCCAAAAGGAGAGCUGGCUUGUUGAAGAAAGCUCAUGAGAUCUCUGUCUUGUGCGAUGCUGAGGUUGCAUUGAUCGUCUUUUCUCACAAAGGAAAACUCUUCGAGUACUCCACUGAUUCCUGCAUGGAAAAAAUCCUGGAACGUUACGAGCGCUAUUCUUAUGCAGAAAGACAGCUUGUUGCACCCGACUCUGAACUGCAGGGGAAUUGGUCUCUGGAGUACAACAGGCUGAAGACUAAGAUUGAGCUUCUACAAAGAAACCACAGGCACUAUAUGGGUGAAGAUCUUGAAUCACUUAGUCUCAAAGAAAUUCAAAAUCUUGAGCAGCAGCUGGAUACUGCUCUUAAGCACAUUCGAUCAAGAAAAAACCAACUCAUGUAUGAGUCCAUUUCUGAGCUUCAGAGAAAGGAGAAGGCAAUACAGGAGCAAAACACCAUGCUCGCCAAGCAGAUCAAGGAGAAAGAAAAGACGCUGGCUCAGCAGGCACAGUGGGGGCAGCAAAAUGGCAAUGCAGGACCCAGCACUGUACCAACCUUCAUGCUGCCUCAGCCACCUCCCUGUUUAAACAUCGGUGGGGCAUACCAAGAAGAAGGUGCAGAAAUGAGGAGGAACGAUCUGGAGCUGACGCUUGAACCCAUAUAUUCAACCCACCUUGGAUGCUUUGCUGCUUAAGUUAACCCAUCAAAUAUAUAACUUUUACUUUUCUUUAUAUAUAUAUAUAUCAGUUGGGAUGAGAUUACCACACCCCCAACCCCCUAAGAAAAAGAAGAAAAGUGUGAUUGAAUCUCAUCCUCUCUUCUUAUAUAUAUAUAUAUAUGUAUGUAUGUAUAAUAUGUGAUGUAACAUCUAUGUUUGCCCUUCGUUAAGUACCGUACUUAUAAAUAUGCACAUUUUACUUUAGA